AUGGAGCGUUUGCUUGACCUUCCUGAGCCUCCGCGAGCUCUUUGUUUCUCUCCAGAAGAUCUGGUUUGUGACUCAUUUGCUGUCGACGGUUUCGUUUCAUCUUGUCGUCAUCAUGCAAGUUUGGAGACUCUGCGCACUGACCUUGGAGUUUAUUUCAACAAGCUGAAGAGUGCACUCAUAGAACUGAUCAAUGAAGACUAUGCAGACUUUCUAAAAUUGUCUGCUAACUUAGUGGGCAUUGAUAAAGUCAUUAACAAUGUAUCCAACCCUCUAAUGGAAGUGCAACAGCAAUUCAAGAUUGUUAAGCGUUUACUGGACGACAGUAUUGCCAACCUUGAAAACAAGCUAGCCGAACGAGCAACAAGAAGGAAACAAAGAGUGAUGCUGGAACGUCUCAUGAGCAUCGAACUUUCACUAACAAAGAUUGAGAGAAUGCAGCAGCAACAGGAAGAGAUGGAGAACAGCGCAGAUCAACAAGUCGUGGAGAGAAUGGCUGGCGAGUUCAAUCAUUUGCAGUUUAAUGUUACCCAGUGUAGACAACUGCCAUUCAUUGAGUCCAUAUGCUCACGAAUUGCUGGCAUCACCAGUAAUCUACAACUACAAUUACAGCAGCUAUUCGACGCAAGUCUCUCAUCACGUGAUAUCUCUGGUUUACGUCGAUGUCUACGAACGUAUUCCCUCAUUGACAAAUCACAAGCGGCAGAGUCUCUCUUCAGACAGUCACGUGUCUCUCCUUAUAUGGAAAAAGCAAUCACGGUCACCAAACUUGUUGGUAACCCAAAAGGACUCGACGGUGUGUACAACAUCAUUCUGGAUUUCAUUCCAAGUCAUUGUUCUCUGUUGUUGGACGUCACGUUGUCUCCGUUGGUUGUUUUGAUGUCUCGAUCGUUUGUUGAUUUCAAUGAUGAACCGAUUGUUGGGUAUGACUUUCUUGUGAGUGCGGUGUGGCCAGAAAUUGUUGGUCGGUUGGAGACUCAAGUGCAGUCGAUAUUUGCUCCUGGUGAUCCACAAGCUUUUCAUAAGAACUACUUGACGAGCAUGAAGUUUGUGUCAUCAUUUGAACGUUUAUGUCGAAGCCAGUCGAGUGUCGAGCGACUGAGAAGUCAUCCUGCAUAUAAAACAUUCAUGAACAAAUGGAGUCUUCCUGUUUAUUUCCAAAUCAGAUUUCAGGAAAUUGCUAGUCAGUUUGAGUCUAUUCUGGAAUCUCCUUUCUCUGUUGCUUCUGAUGAUUUUCUACUGCAAGUGACUUCUGUUUUAUGGCGAUGUCUUCACUCUUGCUGGUCAGACGACGUCUUUCUUACUUCUCUUGCUCACAGAUUCUGGAAACUAUCCAUACAACUCAUUAGUCGGUUUGUUGUUUGGAUUGGUGAUAUCAACUCUAGCAGCUCUCGAGAUCGUACAACAACAGAUCAGUUGGUGCAGUUGAUCAAUGAUGCAGAUGCAUUGCGUCAACGACUGCCAGCAUUCUUUACUGAUAUUGUCUCUCCUAAACUUCAAGGAAUUACAAAUGACAUUCAGGCAUUGACAUCCGAUCAUAUAGUCAGUGUGGUUGACUCAUUAUCUGCAGUGAUCAUUCCUUUGGGUGACACAGUGGUGGAUCGCAUUUGCAGCUUGUGCAUUGCAAGUCUAGACGAAGCAAAGACAAUACCCCGACUGUACAGACACACAAACAGAGAGGUUCCAAUGAAACCUUCUGGUUUUGUGAACAGAGUUCUGUUGCCGUUGCAGUCGUUUUUGACUACACACAAGCAGAUUGCAGUGACUUUCAAAGAGGACUGGACAACAAGAUGCCUUAGUGCUGUUACUGACAGAUAUCUUGCCAUAACUGGUGAUGUUCUUACAUCUGUGAAGAAGACAGAAGACAGUCUUAUGCGACUGAAACGAACACGAAAAGCGCUAUCUAAUCAAUCACCGUUAGGUGGUUCAUCUGGAAUAACAGACGACAGCAAAAUACGACUGCAGUUAGCUCUUGACAUUCAGCAAUACAAACAACUGAUAGGAGAGUAUUCACAUGGCGAGAUCAGUGGCCUCAAUGAGUUGCUGGUGUUAGGAGAUGCAGCACACACAGCAGCCUCAACAUAACAAGCAACUGAUCAUAUGGCGAUCAUCUACAAUCGGAACAUACACUGCAGAACAAAUUCAUUUUUGAAAUUUGUUCUUAAUUAAUUAAAUUCAAUUGUAUGUACACUGAUGUGUAUGCAUGUGUUGUAAAAGUUGAUAUUAACUAGUCCGUCAUUCAUGACGUCACUUGAAUUUCACUCAUGACAUCACUUGAAUUUUAAACUUUAAAAACAAGUUGAAAUAAUCACUUGAAUAAGUAAUAAAUCUAUCAGAGCAAAGUG